GGUGAAGCCGUCCCUCCCCGCCAUCAUCAACACGCAAAUCUGAAAAGUGGUCAACGAUGACUGGAACACACAAGGCUUCAGAAGUUUGCUGCAAAACCAGCAGCAGCUUGUGGACACCGGAAAGGAAGGAAGGAGCAUGAGCGUCCGUAGGGCCAAGAGGAGUUUACCGUCCCGAAGCCAGCGAUCGAUCGUCUUCCUCUUCUGAGGGUGGAGGAUCAAAGGGAAUACUUCCACUUGCCUUUGUGGAGGCACCGGGGCUCACAUCUCAGCUAGAACUCCACCCAGGAGAAGGCACAAGCCACAUCUAAAGGCUCUCCAUUUGGAAAUGUGUCCUUAGCGGUGGGAUGAAGACUCUAAAAAGAAGCGUCCUGUUCUCCUGGCUGGCCGCUGAAAGAGAAAUAUCCUCAUCUUGAUCCAAGAGAGCCAGCCACACAAAAAAGGGAGCGGAGAGCUUGGACGUCUAGUCUUUGAAUGGGGCCACGAUGGGAACACCAGCCCGGUUCAUGAAGCCGCGCCACUCCGUCAACACUGGUUUCUUCAUGGAAGUAUUUUUUUGCCUCCUGUUCUUCAGGCACGCUUAUACCCACUGCAAGAUCUCACGCUGCAACUCUGAGUACCUGUCUGCCACACAGGACGUGCAUGGCCCCAGCAUGAACGCCGCCUACUGCGCGGCCUUGCGAUCCUACUCCCGAUGCACCCGCCGGACGGCCCGCACCUGUCGGGGCAACCUCGCCUACCACUCUGCUGUCUAUGGCAUCGAGGACCUCAUGAUCCAGAACAACUGCUCCAGGGAGGGUCCGACUUCCCCUCCGUGGCCCCUGGCCCCAGAACCGAACAAGCAGAGCUUUGAAUCCCUGGAUAUCUGUGACUACGAGAAGAGUUAUGUCCGCAAACACGGCCGGCCCCCCGCAUACCAGCACUGUGCCACCUUUGGGGACCCCCACGUGCGGACUUUCAAGGAUGAAUUCCACACCUGCCGAGCGGAGGGUUCCUGGCCGCUCCUGGACAACCACUAUCUGUUUGUGCAGGCCACGAGUCAUCCUGUGGCAAAAGGGUCGAACGCCACGGCCAUCGGCAAGCUCACCAUCAUCUUCAAGGACGUGAUGGAGUGCAUCGACCAGAAGGUGUACCAGGCCGAGUUAGGCAACUUGCCUGCAGCUUUUGUGGACGGUUCGACGAACGGUGGGGAGAGGCCCGGAGGAAACAGCCUGGCCAUCUACGACCGCUCCUCCGGCCACCACGUGGAGAUCCGAGCGGCGUACAUCGGCACCGUCAUCGCAGUGCGCCAGGCCGGCAAGCAGCUCUCCUUCUCCAUUCGGGCGGCCGAGGACGUGGCCUCCUCCUUCACCGAGGAGCAGGACUUGCAGCUGUGUGUGGGGGGCUGCCCCCCCAGCCAGCGCAUUUCCCGAACCACAUGCUGCCGCGGCGGUGUGGACGUGGCUGCCGAACAGGCCCGCCGCUUGUGCAGAGGGAAGCUGCCUGCGGAAGACGUCUAUUUCCAGGCGUGCGUCUUCGAUGUGGUGACUUCCGGGGAUGCCAACUUUUCUCUGGCUUCGCAGGAUGCCUUUGAAGAUGCCAGAAUGUUCCAGACGGACUUCAUGAAGCUUCACAUCUUCCAGACGGAUGCGGCCUUCUCUCCUGCAGGCGUACCUCUACUCCUCCUUCUCCCAGUGGCCAUUUCUGGACUUCAGUUGCAUCUUGACGAGGCUGUAUUCACUGGCUAAUAGGCCGUUUGUGCCAGUCCAAGAAGAUAAUGAAAAAGAUCCUGAGAUUUCAGGUUUUCACGGCUGGUAACAUAAUUAGGGUUUGUAGAAUCUUUCGGGCUCAAGUGCCAUGUUCUACUGGAGAGAGUUAGAUCCUGAAAGUUAGAGUGGUUCCUCAGUGGAACAGAGCCCGUUUGGUGUAGUGGUUAAGUGUGCGGACUCUUGUCUGGGAGAGCCGGGUUUGAUUCCCCACUCCUCCUAGGGUUGCCAAUCCCCAGGUGGGGGCAGGGGAUCCCCCGGUUUGGAGGCCCUCCCCCCCCCGCUUCAGGGUCAUCAGAAAGCGGGGGGGAGGGGAGGGAAAUAUCUGCUGGGAACUUUAUUAUUCCCUAUGGAGAUGUAUUCCCAUAGGAAAUAAUGGAGAAUGGAUCUGCGGGUAUCUGGGACUCUUGGGGGGGGCUGUUUUUUGAGGUAGAGGCCCCAAAUUUGCAGCAAAGCAUCUGGUCCCUCUCCCCAAAAUACCCUCCAAGUUUCAAAAAGAUUGGACAAGGGGGUCCAAUUCUAUGUGCCCCAAAAGAAGGUGCCCCUAUCCUUCAUUAUUUCCUAUGGAAGGAAGGCAUUUAAAAAGUUUUCAGUCCCUUGAAAUGUGAUGGCCAGAACUCCUUUUGGAGUUCAGUUAUGCUUGCCACACUCUUGUUCUUGGCUCUGCCCCCAAUGCCUCCUGGCUCCACCCCCAAAGUCCCCAGAUAUUUCUUGAAUUGGACUUGGCAACCCUAACUCUUCCACUUGCGGAAAGGAAGACUUCUAAGCUUUCUGAGGGAGAAGUUAAGCUGAGACACGGGGCGGGGGCUGUUGAUCCUCAGACAGGCAGGAUGGAAAUCUCACUUUUCUGUUAGUCUAGAAAAUAAAAGUGGAAGAGGCGGGCAGCCUCCAUUUGCCUUGGGGCUGGGUGGGGAAGGAAGAGGAGGUUUAACCCUUCAACCUCCAACCAUUUCAAGCGGUCAGAACGGGCUUCUUCGCUCUGCUGUUAGCACUUUAAAGCGGAAACGUAUCCUUCAAAAACUCUGUUUCCAUUAAAAUGCUAAUAACGAA